AAUUUAAAAUUUAUCUUUUUCUUAAACCCUAGACCCUAGUAAUUAUCGCCGAGCCUAGCUAUUUCUGAAGCAAAAUCAACAAAAUAAACAUUUCUUCCUCCAUUUCUCCUGCACUUCAUCUGAAGAUUUCGCUUUCUACGCCAGUUUAAGGUGAAGCGUGGAGAAAAUUGCGGACUUUUGGACUAUUUUCUUUGAAUUUUCAGUUUUUCUUUAUGGGGACAAUUAUCUUGGUUGAACUAGAUUGCAAGGGAGGUUUGGUUUAUCAGAUAUUGAUUUCAUAAGUGUAUAGAAGUGAUUUUUUCGAUUGGUGAGAGAGAGAUGGGCUUAACAGUUAUCCCACAGAAUUCUGUGUUUGAGCUUCACUGUCUACAUGGUUCACAAUUGUCUUCAAAAGAAGUUGGUUCAGGAAGCAAAUCUUGGUUAAAAUGGAGGGUAGAUGGGGGAUUGAGAAGGGGUGUGUUUUCUUUGUGGUGCAAGGGACAGCGGAGAAGUGUCUGUGGUGCUGAUAGAGAUGAAGUUGACCAAGAUGGGUGGGGUUCAGCAAGUUAUGCCACAAUUCAAAAGAGAAAAUUCAAAGCGGAAACUAAAACAGGAAAGCUUCCAAAUUCUUUGAUUCUGUCAAUAGAUGGACCACUUGUUAGAAAUGAUGAGAAAAUGAACAAUGAGAUCCUUCAUUAUUUCUGCAGCAAUAGGAAAAUACUGGAAGCAUCAAGGCUGAUAGAAAAUAUGCAACGUUGGAACCAAGUUCCUCACAUUCCUUCCUGCAUAAACAUAAUCAGGUGCUUUAUUAAGGGAGAUAAACUUGAGAAAGCUGACAAAAUCUUGAAAAUUGUGAUAAUGUCUGGUGGGAUUCUGGAUAUUAUUACUUACAACAUGAUGGUUCGAGGCCUGUGUAAGAGAGGGAAUAUAAGAUCUGCCAUUGAUCUCCUCGAUGACAUGAGUUUGAGUGGUUGCCCACCAGAUAUGAUCACAUAUAAUACAAUAAUUCGCUCUAUGUUUAAUAAUGGGAAUUUUGAACAGGCUCUUCAAUUUUGGAAGGACCAAUUGAGGAAGGGUUGUCCGCCAUAUCUCAUCACCUAUACAAUUCUUGUGGAACUAGUCUGCAAGCACUGUGGAACCGUGCGGGCACUGGAAGUAUUGGAUGAGAUGGAAGUAGAGGGCUGUUAUCCGGAUAUCAUUACAUACAAUUCUUUGGUUAAUUUUACAUGCAAACAUGGGAAAUAUGAGGAUGCGGCAUUGGUCAUAUAUAAUAUGCUAUCUCAUGGAAUGGAACCUGAGUCUGUAACUUACAACACCAUUCUCCAGGCUAUCUGUAGUGAUGGGUGUUGGGAUGAAAUAACUGAGAUCCUUGGAAUCAUGAAGGAAACUUGCCAUGCGCCAACAGCAUUUACUUACAAUAUUUUGAUCAAUGGUUUGUGUAAAUAUGGACUUCUGGAUCGUGCCAUCAACUUCUAUAAUCAAAUGAUUUCUGAAAAUUGUUCUCCUGAUCUUGUCACUUACAACAUACUAUUGGAUGCGCUUUCUAAAGAAGGAAUGGUGGAGGAGGCUCUUCAGUUACUCCUCUCUGUAAGACGUAAUGGUUAUUCUCUUUGUUCCAUAAGCUACAAUACAGUGAUUGACGGACUAGGUCAAAAGGGUUUUAUGGAGAAAGCAAUGGGUUGUUAUUUUCAGAUGUUAGAAGAUGGUAUAACUCCUGAUGAUAUAACACAUCGUUCCCUGUUUUGGGGAUUCUGCCGGGCAGAUCUAGUUGAGGAAGCUGUGGAGAUAUUAAGGGAGAUGAUUAAGAAAGAGCAGCGGGUUGGUAAUUCUGCUUACAAGAUGCUGAUUGAGAGAUGUUGUAAAUGUCAGAAGGUAGAUUUGGCUAUUCAAGUUCUAGAAAUGAUGAUCUCAAGUCGUUACAAGCCAGAUGAAGCAAUUUAUCUGACCAUUAUUAAAGGUCUGGUUGAUUUUGGUUUAAUUGAAGAAACCAACAAGUUGCACCAAGAGCUGAAAGAUUUGAAGGUUUUAGGAGAAUAAUUCAUGUUAGAUUAAGGCGACUGUGCACAGUGGGCAGUUCACUCAAUGCUAUUUCUCAGAAUUUUGAUAGCCAUUUCUUUUAUGCCUAAGCACAUUUCUCAAGGGGUACAUUUGGGUUGGACAGCUUUGGGAAAUGAAAGAAAGAGUAAUCAAACCAUAAUCUGAGUGAAGAGCAAUGUCCUGUUGUUUAUGACCUCAAAUUGUUGAACUUCUUGUUGUGUGAUGGGUUCAAGCAAGAAGAGCCAUUUCGAUGAGAGUCUAGAUUAGAUGCCUUUUGCAACGAUCCUGGGUAAUUGGUGAUAUGGGUCGUGAAAGAAUACAAUGUAAAGGAGUCAUGGAUCGAGGAAUUUGUCAUUGGAGCAAACCUGGAUAGGCCUUUCUAUAAAUGGAAUCGGAUUGGCGCCACCCAUCAAGUGUAAAGUGCGGAAAAGAAACAAACUACUGGCUUCUGCUUCAAUUCCUUGUGGCGUGGUCUGCUGCUUAAAAAAUUGUUGGUGCAGUUGCUUCAAAGCUAUGAUGUUGCUGCUACGAAAAAGCAAAAUGGUGCAGCAAGAAGCUGAAUUUAUGGGAAAAAAUGUGUAGCAACAAAGCUGCUUCAAUGGAGGAAAGAAAGGGCAGCAAACUAAACUGUAUUAUGGAAGAAAAUGAAAUGAAACGUAUAUGCAAAUGUGAAAUGCAAAUGGAGGCUGCAAAUUAGUCAACAGAAGCGCAGCAAUGUGAUAGUGUU